AUGGGUAUCGCUCUUAAAAAUGUGGGAAGAAUAAAAAAACAUGGAAGAAAAUAUCUGGUUUCAAAAAACCCAUAUAUGAGGUUGUUGGUGAAAUUGUAUAAAUUUUUAGCAAGAAGAACGAAUGCUAAUUUUAAUAAAAUAAUAGCUAAAAGGCUUAUUAUGCCUAAACGUUUUAGACCCCCAUUAUCAUUAUCUAAAUUACAAGCUCAUAUGAUGAGACAUCCGGAUAACGUAGCAGUUGUUGUUGGUUCAAUAACGGAUGACAAAAGGCUAUUUAGUUGUAAAAAAUUAAAAGUAUGUGCUCUAAGAUUUACAGAAACAGCUAGAAAAAGAAUUUUAGAUGCUGGUGGUGAAUGUUUAACUUUUGAUCAGUUAGCUUUGAAAUAUCCUACUGGAAAGAGAUGCAUACUUUUAAGAGGUCCAACCAAAGCAAGAACAGCGGAAAAGCAUUUUGGUAAAGCACCAGGUGUUCCAAAAUCUAAAGCAAGACCUUAUGUUCGUUCAAAAGGAAGAAAAUUUGAAAAAGCAAGAGGAAGAAGGAAAUCAAGAGCAUAUAAAGCUUAA